AUGAAAUUUUAUUCUCCUUCCAGUGAAGUUGAUAAAGUCCUGGCUGGCCUGGAAAUAUUAUCCAAGAUAUUUGACCAACAAAGUUCUCCAUUACUGACGCGGCUUAUCCAGCAGGCCAGCAGUCAGGGUGGCGAUCAGGAGUUGGAAAAUCUAGUUGUGAAGCUUUCUGUCCUGAAGGACCUCCUGUCGUCUAUGGAGCGCAAGGCAUUGAAAGCACUACAGGAGAUGAGUUCCUGCCCCAGCUUCACAUCGCAGUCUUCGAUGUUUUCUCACACAGCACCUCGCAAGGCGAAGAGUAUUCCAGUGCAAGCAUUUGAGGUGAAACUGGAUGUGAACCUGACUGAUUUAACAAAGAUUGGUAAAUCACAGAAAUAUUUACUCAGUGUGGAUGUGGAGGGAGGAAAGCUGGUGGUGCAGAAGAAAUCCAAGGAUCCACAGGAAGACUGGAAUACAUUUACACAUGAUAAGAUUCGGCAGUUGAUAAAAUCACAGCGCGUCCACAGCAAACUGGGAAUAGUAUUCGAGAAAGAGAAGGAUAAAACACAGAGAAAGGAUUUCAUCUUCGAAACUACAAGGAAACGAGAGGCAUUUUGCCAACUCUUACAACUUAUGAAGAACAAACAUUCCAAGCAGGAUGAGCCAGACAUGAUCUCUAUCUUCAUUGGCACUUGGAACAUGGGUAAAAAUCCUACCAGAUAUCAUGUUUCUCACAGAUUAGUUUCCCAUUUCUCAUUUAACUGUGAUUGCUUGACUCAGAUUUCCUUCCUCCAAAAAUCAAUGCUGAAAGGGAGCAUGUCACUCUUCUCAGCUUAUAUGUGGCUCCAGUCCUACAUUGCCGCGACCAGUGAUCCUAUACCCAUAUCAAGAAUCAUUUCUGUUUCUGGAGUAAAUAUGCUCAUUUGUUCGCAGAUUGCAAUGCAGACACUUUGGAACAUUAAAAUUGUAGUCCUGGUUAAGCCGGAACAUGAGAACCGGAUCAGCCACAUCAGUACCUCAAGUGUGAAAACUGGAAUAGCCAAUACAUUGGGCAAUAAAGGAGCUGUUGGUGUUUCGUUUAUGUUUAAUGGAACGUCAUUUGGAUUUGUUAACUGUCACUUAACGUCUGGUAAUGAGAAAACUGCAAGACGAAAUCAGAAUUACCUGGAUAUCCUGCGGUUGCUGUCUCUCGGUGACAAGCAGUUGAGCUCCUUUGACAUCUCAUUACGAUUCACUCAUCUCUUUUGGUUUGGAGAUCUCAAUUAUCGUCUGGACAUGGAGCUGCAGGACAUACUCAACUACAUUAACAGGAAAGAGUUUGAGCCUCUUCAUAAGGUUGACCAGCUGAACUUGGAGAAGGAGAAAAACAAAAUAUUUCUUCGAUUUUAUGAAGAGGAGAUCACAUUCCCUCCGACAUAUCGAUAUGAGCGAGGAUCCCGGGACGUAUACGUUUGUCACAAACAGAAGACUACUGGGGUCCGCACAAAUGUUCCAUCGUGGUGUGACAGAAUUUUGUGGAAAUCAUACCCCGAGACCCACAUCAUUUGUAAUUCAUAUGGUUGCACAGAUGAUAUUGUGACAAGUGACCACUCGCCAGCCUUUGGCACUUUCGAAGUUGGUGUGACAUCACAGUUUGUAUCCAAAAAGGGUCUAUCCAAAACAUCUGACCAGGCUUACAUUGAUUUUGAGAAUAUAGAAGCCAUCGUGAAAACUGCCAGCAGGACUAAGUUCUUCAUUGAGUUUUACUCUACCUGUCUGGAAGAAUUCAAGAAAAGUUCAGAAAAUGAUACACAAAGCUGUGACAACAUCAACUUUCUGAAGGUUGGCUGGUCUUCAAGGCAACUCCCAACGCUGAAGCCAAUUCUGUCAGAUAUUGAAUAUCUUCAGGACCAGCACCUCCUCCUCACUGUCAAAUCGGUGGAUGGUUAUGAAUCCUAUGGGGAGUGCUGCAUUGCGCUGAAGUCAAUGAUUGGCAGUACUGCUCAACAAUUCCUGACAUCGUUAUCACACAGAGGAGAGGAGACUGGCAACAUUCGUGGAUCCAUGAAGGUUCGGGUGCCAGCAGAGAGGAUUGGAACUCGGGAGCGUCUUUAUGAAUGGAUUAGAGUCGACAAGGAUGAGACUGGAGCAACCAAAGGGAAGCCAGGAUGUCGAUUGAGCCAAGACUUCAAAGCAACCUCAAAGAAGCUGGCUUCUGCAGACAACAUGGGAAUUCAGCUUGGGAAACCACCAUGUGAAGAGGUGGAGAAACCCAGUUGUACUGCCAUGGGGCGCGCACCAAUUCCACUUCCUGGGGCAACUGCUGAAGACAGAUCAAAACAGCAAGAGAUUUACUCUGAUGCAGAUGCUCUGUGUUUGAAGAAUAGUUUCAACAAUCCAGCUUACUACAUCUUGGAGGGAGUGCCACAUCAGCAAGCUGCACUGCUGUCACCAGAGCACCAGGCUUCAGCCUUUUCCAAGAUAGGACAGAAAAGCAAAAACCAGGCAACACUCGGUUCACAAGAUAGGAAACGCAAUCAUUCGGGGCGCCUUCCAUUAACGAGUGAGGAGGGAUCCCUAUCAGAUGAUGAGAAUUCGAACCAUAAUCGACCACCACCCGAUUACCCCCCUCCUCCUCUACCCAAGGCAGUGGAGUUGGAUAUGGUUGAUAAUCCUUUCUAUGCUUCCUCAAAGGAACUCCAGCGACCCAAAACAGGGCCAGCCAGGGAUGAGCUGGACCCCAGAAACCCUGGUGCUAAGCACCGGACUCCCACUGAACCUUCAGAAGCCAAGGCCUCGCUUCCGCCAAAAGCACACCCUAAGCCGCAGCUGGUCUCCGGCACACCACACGUGGCCAGCCCCUUUCUGACUGACCAAUGCAACACUCCCUACCAAGGCAUAGUCGAUGACCGAUCCUACUCUGCCCUUCAGAUGGCCAAGAGUCUCAGUGAGGUGGACUACCCGGCGGGCAAGAUUGAGCCUAUACCAAGAAAUCCUCCACUACCGGUGAAAGGCCAGCUUCCCCGAGGACUGCUCCCUGACUACAGCAGACCCACGUCCUUCCCUUCACGCUCCAUAAAGGAAAGCAUCGAAGAGGACAUGGCUGAAGAGUCAUCGUGUCAAGCGAGCAGCACCAGCUCCAGCCUGUCCCACGACUCCAGUAUAGGUAACUGGUUACGUCGCCUAGGUUUGGAGAGAUAUGAAGAUGGGCUGAUCCAUAAUGGCUGGGAUGAUUUAGAGUUUCUGAGUGACAUAACCAAGGACGACUUGGAUGAGGCUGGAGUGACGGAUCCUGUUCACCAGAACAUUCUCCUGGAGAGUUUACAGCAAGUUGGAAAAUAGUCUGUUGGGAUUUUGUUGUUUUCUUCAUUGUAAACAAAAAAGUGCCUUAGGAAGACUUUUUCAAAAUGUUGAUAGACAGUAGCUCUGAAACUCAAGCAAUAUUGAAAAAAGGAAAAUGUAAACCCAACUGACCUGUCCAGAUGAGGAAGGUGCUUACUGUCCUUAGCAACGUUUGGAUGAUAGAAUACAGAGGCUGCGACCUCUUCCUCACUCUUCUGUUCUUUCACUCCUGUCUCCACACUGUUGAGAGUCUUCGUCCUUACAAGCAGUGCAGUGAGAUGCAUUUUGUUUCAUUCCAUGUGGAAGUAUUAAGUUAAAUCCGUUUCCAUCGUGUUCAUCACAGUAAAGAAAUGCAGUGGCAUGGAUCACACAGAAACCAGCGGGUCCUGUUGAUGGGGCUUCUGUAGUUCUGGUUGAUAGAUGGGCAGUGCUGACUCCUUUCACUGUGCACUGUUUGCUUUAUUUUCAAGCACAUCCUCUGGCUUAAAUUGCAUUGGGGUCACCUGCCCAGGAAAGGAGGGGGAAUGUUGUCUUCAGAAAUUGUCUUCCUGUGCCUCAGAAAGCGCAUGAUUCCAUUCUGGGGCCAGGAGGGUGAGAUGCUGCUGACCAUCCAUUGGUAUUGUAUCCAUGCUGGAAUUGAGGAAAGAAAGGUAAGGUGUGACGGUGUGUAUGCAGUAUGGAUAUCUGAGAAGUUAGGAUCUGAAUCUUAAGUGUUUCUGAAAAUGGGGCCAAUUUGUUCUGAUUCUAGUCAAAUGGAUCCCAUUCAGUAUUUUGCAGAGUGGUAGUGGGUGAGUGAGAGAGAGAGAGAGAGAGAGAAAGAGAAAGACUGGUCAAAGGGUGUAUGAAAAAUUGAGUUAAGCAUGUGCAGCUGUUUCAGCUGUUUGCUUUCAACACACUAAAGGGAAAAUCACCUCUGCCCUGCAGUGAGGACUGGACAGGAUGAAGUUCAGCUUCUGCUCUGCCAGAGGUAGAAGGAAAUGUUCUUCUUUUCUUCAAAUUAUUUAUUUUCCCUUGUGAUUAUAUUCUCACCAUCCUGCAGAGGGAGUGAAGGUAGGCAGCAAUCUGUUCACUAGCUCAAAUUAAACAACCUGCAAGUGAUCACAUACACCUUCACACAGCAAGUAUCUUUGUGCAGCUGGUCAAAGGGGUUGCUAUAAACUGCUCCAGCAGUUUAUAGAAGCUCCAUCUCCUGUGACUGAAGCCAUAGUCUGGUGGGUGGGCGGUGAGGGAGGUAAAAAAGCCCAGGUCAGAUACACCGGUUCCACUGGUGGGACUUGACAUGUCUGUUGACUGGGUAAAGCAAGUUUGAAGUGUCUCAAUGGUGUUUGUGGAUUUGUUCUUGAAGUUAAUUCUGUAAUAGUGUAGAAAUGACUCCUGUCUGUGCCACCACCGCCAUCCCCAUUGCUGUGAGGUCAGUGGUGCAAAUCUGAGGAGUGACCACUCCCAGGAAUCUGUGUCAGCCAGCUGCAAUCUCCAAAGUCUGUGUAUUUCCUCUCAGUCUGGGCCUGGCAGCGUUCCCUGCCCUGCAAGCUCCAGGCUUCUCCAGAAUGCUGGUAGGAAUCUGGAACUUGGCUAGAACCCAUUUGCAAUCACUUCACAAUCCUGCAGCUGAGGCAUCAUCUACAACUGCAGGCAGAGGGAAUGCUAUUUCUGGCCAGUGAGCUUUCCCACAGGUAUUUCCUUGUAACUGUUUUGUUUGGUCUGCAUUUUCUUGAUGGACCUGAAACCUGGAACAGCUGGUUCUGUUUCACAGUCUCGAGUUAUUUUCGCUUGCUGCAAGGUCCUAGUGUCCUGCCUAGAUUCUAUACCGACGUCAACCAAUCAAACAUCACCACCUCCUUCAACGGGUAGUCCACUACACCUAUGCCUCCAAACAUUCAGGCCUUAUUCCUAGACACCAAUCACCCAGUCUAGACUGGCUCCCUCAGUAUUAGUGUUGACAGUUCAACCCUUUGCAUGAGACACAAAAUACUGUCUGAUAGGUGCGAAAGAUCCCAUGGAAAUAAUAAAUGAUGAGCAAUUCAUGUCCUCGCCAGUAUUAACCAAAUCCUAAACUAGAUUCUGCUCGCCAUUUCCUCAUUAUUGUCUAUUGGACCUUGGGACAGUGUUUCCAAUAUCAUAAUGAUGACUGCACUCCCUGAUACCUCAUUGGCUAUAAGUGCUUUGAGACAUCCUGAAGUCACAAAAGGUUCUAUAGAAAUACAAGUCCUUGUUUCUUUCCACCUCAUUCCCUUGCUCUUACUGCCUCUCACCCAUCUCUCACACUUAUACAGACAUUGCCAGAUUAACUGAACUGCCAUUAGUGACUUAAAAGGUUAAAUAUCGAAUUCACUAGAAUAACGGAAAGAAAAUUUGCACUCGCUUUUGUUUUUAAGUGUGGUUUGCCUUAACAUGCUAUUCAACAUUGAUUAAGUAUUGAUUGGGUGAUUGGUACAGAGUUGUGAAAAGUGAUUUUACAGCGACUGGGAACUCUUGUAUCAGAGAUCAAGCUGUUUCCUGAGGGUGUGGUUUAACAGCUUUACUUGCAGCACACCAAUUCUGUGCAAGUGCCUUUACUGAGACGCAUUCAGUCCCUGGCGACUUAGUCAUCCAUGAAUGAAUGUCUCUCGUCCCUGUAUGGUUUGAGGUAAUUUCAUUAAACAUAUCAUUCUGCUGAGCUUCAUCUCACGCACAAGUUUCUCAAAUCGCAGCUGACCAAACACUGGACAAUGCACUGAAGUUCAGGCAAUAGGCAGCCAUUCAGCCCCUUGGGCUUGCUCCAGCAUUGGCAGACCUGCAAUUUCAUCUGUCCACCAUGACUCCAAGUCCCUCAAUACCCUGUCACAGCAAAGAUCUAUCUAUCGCGUGCUCGAAAGUUCCAGAUGUUUCCUCGUUGUGGGCAAAAGGAGAGGGAUCCAGAUUUUCACUGAUCUGUCGAGAAAACAAAGUAGGAAGGAUUUUCAACACUCCAAGUUGGGGGACUGAUCUAUUUGCACUCUUGGCUUGUUGUUUUGUUCUAUACUGUCCAUUGUUGAGAAUAUAGUGUCACUUAUUCUGUGCUGGACGUUGUGUCAUCCGGAGGUGCUGAGCCCAACUCAAUGUAGGAACCUUAUUGUGUUUCUUCUUCAACCUUUCUCCAAAUAUAUAUUUUCAAAAUGAAAAAAAGUCCUCAACUUUUUUAGAAUAAUUAUGCAAUAAUGUGUGUGAACUGCCAGAAGCCAAGAGCUUGUUUGUCUUUCGUUUACUCUUCUUGAUUUUUUUUCCGUUUUAAUGUAUUGUAACUACGGCUAAUUGGAGGAGUUUGUGAAGUUGCUUUUAUCUGUGAUAUUUAAUGCAAUUAUGCCAAGUUAUUUUUGUGGUGCCUUCCCUGUUUGCUCCGUCCCCACCUAGUCAGUCCUUGCUGUAAUGUGUGUUGGUGAUUAGCACUGAAUUCCUGUUUAGCUGUAGCACAGUGAUGACAAGAACAGCAAGAGCAAACGACAAGGAUACCCACGCGUGUGUGUGCGCCUGUGUUCCUUUCAUUUAAGAUUUUGUAUUUUUAAUGAUUUAAUUAUGUCUGUACAAAACUGUUUAAAACUAAAGUUCUUUUUAACAAUA